AUGGCAAUACCAUCUGCCGAAGGGACGACCAGGGGCGAAAGAUCGCCUGCAGACGCUGCAUUGAUAACCAUCGGUCCUCAAAUUGCCUGCCUUCACAUAACGGACGUCAGAGUAGUUGACGGUGUGGGCAGAAAGAAAGGGAGCAAGAACCGCCCCAAGGGUGAUGAGCAGGCCAGAUCCAAGGUCACGAAGCCGGCCCGCCCUCAAAGGUCCAAUCGGAUCCGCUUGAGUCCUGAGCAGAUAGCCCAGGUGGAGAAUGAGAUGCCUGAGCAGCCUGACAUCGACUUGCAGGCUAUUCUACAGGUUUUAGAGACUCCGACGCCUUGGCCAUCGGCCACACUUGGGGCUCUGCCUCAAGAAAACUAUAACCACCUUGAGGCAGUGGUAAAUAACAUGCACGCCCAGAAUAUGGCGUACAAUUUUCAGCCUGUACCCGGGAUGAAUAAUAUGUACGCUCAGCCCCAAGUGCAUGGUGCUAACAACUGGGGCAUUGUUUGGCAGCCUGUGAUCAACUACCAGGCUCCAAUGGUUCCCCAGGUUAACACCAACUAUAGCAGUUGGCAGGUGGCUGGAUUGGGGCAGCAGCAGGAGGAGGAGGAGGAGCAGGCAGGGCAGGGCACAUUCAUGCCCCCCCAACAAUGGGGGCAGAAUCCCUACAAUGGCCCUGUCAUUGGCAACGGUGGGGGCAUAGAUUUUUGGUAG